AUGCCGACACAACACCCAGUGCCUCUCUAUCGCGAAGGCAAGCGCGAAGGGGAGCGUGAAGAGGCGGCUGACGACGAAGAGACAUGGAGAGGAGUCGGGGAGUUCGCAGAUGUCCUGGGCAUCCCCAGAACCCGAUUCCUUCACUUCGCCUCGCCGUUCACUCCCGCGGCCGGCAGCGAAUCGCUCGGCGACGGCAGUCUCGUUUCCCCCUUCGACACAGAGUGGCAGCCUGCCGUCGCUCUCCUCAGAGGCCGUGCUCUCUCUGUCACUCCGUCCCCUUCUUGCCCCGACCUCUCUUCUCCUUCGUCAGUUCUAUCCUCUCUUCCAUCCUCUCUUCCGUCUUCUUUUUCAUCCUCUCUUCCGUCUUCUUUUUCAUCCUCUCUUCCGUCUUCUUUUCCGUCUGGAUCCGCUCCUUCGCGUGCAUCGCACGCGCCCUCGCCGCCUUUCUGUGCGACGGUCGCUGUUGGUCUGGCCUGGGGAACGGCGGCGCUGCUCCUCGCCUGCGGCACGCGCGGCUUCCGAGCGGCGACUCGGAACGCGAGCAUCGCCCUGCGCUUUCCGCGCGUCUCUCUCGGGCAAGGAAAAACCGCUGAACUCCGGAGCCGCGCGGAGGCUGUCCUCUCUGGCCAGCGCGCGCAGGCGGAACUUCUCGCGUCUUUGCUGGGAAACGCGGAAAAGGAAAAGAAACGAGAAGGCGGUGAAAACGAGGCGCAAACCGAAUCGAGGACAUCGGACUCGAACGCGACCGUCUCCGACCUUCUUCGCCUCAUGAGAAAAGGCGCCUUUCUCACGCCUGAGGAGGCGCAGGAUCUGGGCAUCAUUGACCAUAUUCUCUAA